AUGAACAACCCGAAUUUUAUAUUGGGAAAUCCCCAUUGGGCGUCGGCGUACGAUCUCGAAGCGAUCCAGCGAAUCGCGGAUGAAUUGAAGAAGAGCAAUCAGAUAGAGAUGAAUGAAGGGAUGAUGGCUGAAAAGCAAUUCGAACCCGAGGAACACGUGGACAAUGUGAUGGAUGGCGACAGUACGUUGGAAAAUAUUUUCGAAGAUUCCAUGCUAUCACCAAUCCCAUCACCAACAAGUCACGUGGCUCAGAGUUUCGGCGGACUCGAAUUGGGUUCCGAGCCGCAAGCUCCGCCUCCUACUCCUGAUUUGGUCACCAGUGGUCCGCUGACAUUGAAGGAGUUUUGCCAUGCAGAUACCAAGACCACCCGCUCCUCAUCCCGUAUAUCCAAUCGCCGUCAAUGUUCGCUCCGCCCACCAAAGUCGCAAUUCGAAACAAAGACUCCCCGUUAUCGAUUGAAAAAGAAGGAACUGAAAGCGAUGCCUCCCGAACAGAAAAUCGAUCAUAUUCGCCAUCAAAAUCUCCAAAAUUCUGCGAAAUAUCGUCAGCGUCAGAAGGUGAAACUCGCUGAGAAAGGGAGAAUAGUGGAAGAGUUGGAGGUGGAGCUUAAACAAGCUGAAACUGAAAGUCUGGCGAUGGAAAAUGAGUAUAAGGCACGAUUCGAGACAAACAAUGAUCUGAAGGCUCAAGUUUUCGACGAUAUCCAGCGAAAGCGACUCAAAAGACGUGAUGAGCUUGAAAAUCUCAUGAAGUCCCAUGAGGCUGUGCUCCAAGGAAUUGCGGAGCGUCGGCGCGAAAUUAUGGAUAGCCAGGACUUGAAAGACCACCAGAAAAAGACGGAGAUAAGCACGAAUGGUAGCCGGAAGUCACGUGAGAUGGGUUAUCUGAAGUCAAGUGAGAUGGUUUUGAAGGCAUACGAGUUGUCGACAUCCUUAGAGCAACAUGCGGUUUUUCUGAAGAAGUUGGAGCACAUGUUUGGGAAGAUUCCGAUUCGCUCGGGUGCCAAAGAUCAGAAUUCGACAGCUUCUAUGGUCGAUCCGCCUCAGGACGGGGAUGAUUUCAUUGAUUUCACCACAGGAUGUAACACGGGAGCCACUGGCACCUCCAUGCCCAAAGGGAAACGCACCGGGAGAAGAUCCACCGAUCUUAUGGCAGCCCACACCACGAAUAGAUUCAAUUCUAGGGGUAGAGCCGUGUCGGAUAGUAUGGCAACCCACACAACCCAUCCCGCCGAUAUGAGAGCCUCCGGAGCCCCUGCGAUUCGUCGUAAAUCAGUUUGUCUCGAUGGAAAUGACCACGAUAGGGCUAGACCCGACACAAAGCGUCUCAAGGAACUCGAAUAUUCUCAAGAUCGUCUGGAUGUUAUGGCGGGCUACUACUCGGAUGAUUCCGGCGUCACUCCAACACCCGCGGGAGGAGAAGGCCGCUCAAAAAUGUCUACGUCUCUCGCUGUCGUCUCUAACGGCGGAACGCUCUCUGGUCGUCUUACUCUCGCCUUCCCCCAGCAAUGUGAUCGUCACCGCCACGAUCGGCUUCAUUCAUCUCACUCCCCGCUCAACCCUGGGGAGGAAUCAGCAGCCCGAGUCUAUCCUCCGAAUCAUGGAUCCCACGCGAUCCGUCGUAAUUCCGUUCGCUUCGAUGACAACGAUUGGGCUGGGCCGGACACAAAGCGUCUCAAAGAACUCGAAUCUUCUGAAGAUCGUCUAGAUGUUAUGGCGGGCUAUUCGUCUGAUUCUUACUUUGAGGAAUCAAACACCGAAAACUAUUCUCUGGACACUAUCCGCGGUCAUAUGCUCGGCCACAAUGGCCACGAUGGGCAUGGAUUGCACAAUUAUCAGGGAGACCUCGAGGACGUCAUCAGGGAUGCGACUGAACUUUACAACAUCGGUUCAGUCGCAAGUCAUCCCGCCGGUGCCACUCAUGUCGUUAAUGUCAAUAACGCCAAAACUCUCACCUCCUCCGCUCCCUGUGGAACUGAAGGGACUGGAGUGCACAAUUAUCAGGGAGACAGCAGGGAUUCGACCACUCACCUCGACGGAUUUAUCUUCGUCGGUCACAAAGCCCACGAUGGGGCUUGUGUACAUCAUUAUCAGGAAGACCGCGGGGAAUCGACACCGCAUCCCGGCGGAUUCAGUUCCGUCAUCAAUGCCAACACUUAUGAAAAUUAUCCACUCGUCACUGAUCUCAACGUACUCCACCGUCCGCUCAUGUCUGAUGCAUCCCACCCGGACUCUCUGGCCUUCGUGGCCGGGGCGAGCGAUACUGAAUCAGUAGGGCGCAAUAAGGGCGGUCUCGACGACAACGACCGCUAUAGGGCUGGGCCGGAUACAAAGCGUCUCAAGGAACUCGAAUCAGUCACUCGUGUCUAUCCUCCGAAACAUGGAGCCCACGCGAUCCGCGGGGAAAUGGCCGGACACUAUGCCAACGAUGAAGCUAGAGUACACAAUCAUCAGGGAGAUCUCGGGGAGAUCAUUCCCGCCAACGCGACUGGACCUAACGGAAUUGGUUCAGUCGCAAGUCAUCCCGCUCAUCUCGCCACUCACGUCAUCAAUGUCAAUAACGCCAAAACUCUCACUUCCACUGUUCACCGUGAAGCUGACGAAAAUGAUCCACUCGUCACUGAUCUCAACGCACGCCACCAUCCGCUCAUGUCUCAUGCAUCCCACUCGAACGCUCUGGCCCCCAUGGCCGGGGCGAGCGAUACUGAAUCAGUCGGACGCAAUAUGGGCGGUUCGUUCGAUACUCAACUUAACGAAUCCCGCCGUGACGCCAGCGCAGCUGCGUUCAACAAAAACGAUUCUGACGCGGAAGAUGCCAUUGCGAUCCGCGGCUCUGAAUUCUGUCACGAUGUCACCAUCCGCAAUGGGGAAUCCCGCCGUAACGUCCUUGCGGUGGGACCUUUCGGAAAUGUGGCGGGAGGGCGUAACGUCCUUCACCCAUCCCGCCGCGACGUCAUCUACAGUGAGGCAACUGGUCAUAACGAAAAUGAUCCACUCUCCGGUAUUCCUAUGGAAACCCACCCGGCUAUGAUAUCCUCCCGCCGUCCCGCCGGUGCUGAUGUCGGAGCUCAUGGUACUGCUCUCCGAGCCCAUCCCGCCGGUAUCGGGAUGUCCGCAGCCCAUGGACUUCACAGGUAUAAUGGAGCCAGCUACCGUACCCCGACCGGGUCGAACGCACGUGAUACAGUAGGCUCUUCCGGCGUCAUUAAUUAA